GCCGUUUCCUUACGCUCAGAGAGAGAGAGAGAGAGAGAGAUUUUCUCUCCCCGACUCCCGCCUUCCCUUGUUGAAGACGAAUCAACGUCAUCGAAGGCAACAACCUGCCUGCCGACAUACAGGCAGUCUGAAGCUUGCCGCUAUGGAUUCUGCAUCGGCAACAAGGCUGCCGGAAGAAAUAGAAAGAAGGAAGUUCGUUUCUUCCCUUUCCUCCUCGUUGGUCGGAGGUCAUGGAGAGCGUCAAGACCGCGCCAGUGGACAACCAAGGUCGUUCUGCGGCCGCUUCCUCCAAGAAGAGGGGCGCCGGAAUCAGGGCAUGGCUUGUCAUCGAUUCUUCCGGCCGGCCGAAGCUCGAAGAGUUCGAGAAGCACCGGAUUAUGCGCCGCACCGGCCUCCCUGCUCGCGACCUCCGAAUCCUAGAUCCCUUGCUCUCCUACCCAUCGAGGAUCCUAGCCAGGGAAAGGGCCAUCGUCGUCAACCUAGAGCACAUCAAGGCCAUCAUCACAGCGGCGGAGGUCCUGCUGCUAAAUUCAAAGGAUCCUCUGGUUGCUCCGUUCGUUCGGGAUCUUCAAUCCCGUAUUUCGAGUAUGUGUUGCUCUUCGCCUUCUCCGGAGGGAACUGAGAGUGCUGGUGCAACCCUGGACCUUAUCGACAAGCACACACUCUGUUCUGUUAGAACUGUUGUUGAGCCAACAUUAACCAGUCCUCCUAGGGCAAGAAAUUCUGGGAGGUUGCAAGUCCCCUACAAAACUUGUGGUGAUCUUACCAGCAUGAUAUUGCCUUUCGAGUUCAGAGUGCUGGAAGUUUGUCUUGAAUCUCUCUGCAGGUGUCUUGAAUCUGAGACUUCCACAUUGGAGCAAGAAGCUUAUCCAGUAUUAGAUGAGCUAACAUGUAAGAUCAGUACACUUAACCUGGAGCGAGUUAGACAGAUCAAAAGUCGUUUAGUUGCCAUAUCUGGUCGUGUGCAGAAGGUCAGGGAUGAGCUUGAGCAUUUAUUGGAUGAUGAUACACAUAUGGCUGAGAUGUAUCUGACCAACAAGGCCAUUCAUCAAGAAGUUGAUGAGACCUCAAAUGAUGACCUAGAGAAUGAUGGACAUUCUCUCGAUAAUGAAAGGGAUCAAGAUCCUAAUAGCACCAACGACGAGAUGAGAAACAUCAAUGAAAGCUCAAGUGUUACUAAGCUUCAAAUUGAGGAAUUAGAGAUGCUUUUGGAAGCUUACUUCGUGCAAAUAGAUGGCACCUUAAACAAAUUAUCGGUGUUAAGAGAAUAUGUUGACGACACUGAGGACUACAUCAACAUUAUGUUGGAUGACAAACAGAACCAGCUACUGCACAUGGGCGUCCUGAUCAAUAUAGCAACUCUGUUAAUAACUAUGGCUGUAGUUGUUACAGGCAUAUUUGGCAUGAAUAUUAAAAUCAGUCUUUUUAAAACUGGCACAAAGGAGUUCUUACAAACCACUGUUGGGACCCUAGGUGGUACUCUAGUUCUCUAUUUCAUAGCCAUGGGCUGGGGUAGAAAAAAGCUAUUGCUAGGAUAGGUCUGCUAGGUGAUUCUGGACAGUCAAUUGCUAUCCUAUAUGCAUUACAUACACGCACACACCGCGCAUUUACACAUCUGUAUGAAUGAAAAUUAUUUCACUGUUUUCUGUUGUCUAUUAAUUUUUACCAUCUUACUGUAUUAUAUUGUCAAAAAUGAUACUUCUGCAUCCUGGCAGCAGAAAU